CAGAGCCACCGCUUGGCCAUGUAUCCCGUCGAAAGUUGGGAACUUUAUGUGAAUCUUUAUAGAAUCUGGAGUGGGACAAAGUGGACUUCCGACCAUGUCUGCAGGCUUCGGUGUAUUUAAAUAUUUCUGAGAGGACAAACCAAACCAUUUGUUUGGUUCAGCGUUUUACUUUUGACGCGUUUAUAGGUUUUUGUGAAAAGCACGGAGCAAGAAGCGAGUCUGUGCGCUCACACGGGAGUGCGCGCACAUUGGAUUUUAGCGGGAUCCUGGAGUCAAAAAAAUGGAAUUCCGACAGGACAGGUUAAAGGCAGUAACUGCCAAGACUCUCGGGAAAAUAUAUGGGGCUCUUGAGAAGAAGCAGGAGAAUGGGGAGACCAUCGAGCUGUCAGCAGAGGGUCGUCCGGAGCUGAUCGAGGAGAAGGAGCUGCCCGUCAUUGACUGCACAUGUUUUGGGUUACCACGGCGAUACAUCAUAGCCAUUCUCUCAGGUAUCGGCUUCUGCAUCUCUUUUGGCAUCCGCUGUAACCUCGGCGUGGCCAUCGUGAGCAUGGUCAACGAGCACACGGUCUUCAGGGAUGACAAGGAGUAUAUAGAGAAAGCUGAGUUUGAGUGGGACCCCGAAACAGUGGGAAUGAUUCAUGGUUCAUUCUUCUGGGGGUACAUAGUGACCCAGAUCCCAGGAGGUUUUAUAUGUCAAAAGUUUGCAGCCAACAGAGUAUUUGGCUUUGCUAUAGUGGCCACUUCUUGCCUGAACAUGCUCAUCCCCACAGCAGCAAAAAUGCACUUUGGCUGUGUGAUAAUUGUGAGGGUGUUCCAAGGACUUGUGGAGGGAGUCUCAUACCCUGCCUGUCAUGGUAUUUGGGCAAAAUGGGCACCGCCUCUUGAAAGAAGUCGUUUGGCAACCACAGCAUUUUGUGGGUCUUACGCUGGAGCUGUGAUUGCCAUGCCUUUAGCUGGGGUCUUAGUCCAGUAUACAGGAUGGUCAUCUGUGUUUUAUGUGUAUGGGACCUUUGGUAUUUUGUGGUACUGUUUUUGGAUUCUGGUGUCAUAUGAGAGUCCAGCAGCUCAUCCCACCAUCACAGAGGAGGAGAGGAAGUACAUUGAAGAAAGCAUUGGAGAAUCUGCCCAGCAUUCAGUUACAAAAUUCAACACUCCAUGGAGAUCAUUCUUCACAUCUAUGCCAGUAUAUGCCAUUAUUGUGGCAAAUUUUUGCAGAAGCUGGACAUUUUACCUGCUUCUUAUCAGCCAGCCUGCUUACUUUGAGGAAGUGUUUGGCUUUGAGAUUAGCAAGGUUGGCAUUGUUUCUGCUCUUCCACACUUGGUUAUGACCAUCAUUGUACCAAUUGGUGGACAAAUUGCUGAUUACCUUCGAUCCAAUCACAUCAUGACAACAACCAAUGUCAGAAAACUCAUGAACUGUGGAGGCUUUGGGAUGGAGGCCACACUGCUACUGGUAGUGGGCUUCUCUCACACAAAGGGAGUGGCCAUUACGUUCCUGGUGCUGGCAGUGGGCUUCUCUGGCUUUGCUAUUUCAGGAUUCAAUGUGAACCACUUGGACAUUGCUCCACGUUAUGCGAGUAUCCUCAUGGGCAUCUCAAAUGGUGUGGGCACUUUGUCUGGGAUGGUGUGCCCUUUAAUUGUCGGUGCCAUGACAAAGCACAAGACUCGUGAGGAGUGGCAGGGUGUGUUCCUCAUCGCUUCCCUAGUCCAUUAUGGAGGAGUUAUAUUUUAUGGCAUCUUUGCAUCUGGAGAGAAGCAGUCAUGGGCUGAGCCAGAGCAGACCAGUGAUGAGAAGUGUGGUAUACUGGACGAGGAUGAACUGGCCAAUGAGACGGAGGAGCUGUACCGGACCAGCGGCGGAGGGGGGUAUGGAGCCAUGGAUCAGGGAGCUGACCCCAACGGAGGAGCGCCUGUGUCUGGAGGGGGCUGGGUGGCCGACUGGGAUAAAACAGAAGAGUAUGUACAACCAGAAGCCAAUAACUAUCAUACGGGAGAACAGGAGUCAACAUAAGAUUGGGCCCAGUCAGACUUUUACACAUUAUGAAGCACUGAGGAGACUGUUUUCACUAUUGUACCUGGACCUUUUUGAGGCCGGACACUGGAGGCAAAGACUGUAGUCAGAUUUAUGUGUUUGUGUGUGAUUGUAUAACUAUGAGUGAGACUUUGUGUGGCAGACAAAAUGUCUUUGAGCCUUCCUGCAAUCUCACAAAAACAUUGGACACUCUCCUUUUUUGAAAAUCUGAAUCCUAGUAUCUUAGAAAAUCUACUGGUUAACAUUGUUUGA